AUGCCAAAAUUCUUCUGUGACUACUGCGAUGUAUAUCUCACGCACGAUUCGAUGAGCGUCCGCAAAGCGCAUAAUAGUGGACGGAAUCACUUGCGAAAUGUGGUGGACUACUACCAACAAAUUGGCCAUGAAAAGGCACAAUCAGUAAUCGACUCCAUUACCUCCUCCUAUGCCGCCGAAGGCCAAUCCUCGUCGAAUCCCAUGCUCGGACAAAACCCAGGCGUCCAUCCACCACCACCCUUUCCCUUCCCAGGCGGCGUCCCCCCACCACCUUUUGGAAUGCCCAUGCCACCGGGUGGUCUUCCACAAGGCAUGAUCCCCCCACCAGGUGGUCGCGGAAUGCCUCCUAUGCCCCCCUUCCCAGGCCAACCGGGCGCGCCUCCUCUUCCCCUCCCAGGCAUGCCUUUCCCUCCGCCGGGCGGCCUACCACCCAAUUUCCAGUUCCCUCCGCUGCCGGGUGGGUUCCAGCCGCCUCCAGGAUUCCCUCCUCUGCCGGGAGCCCCACCGGGAGCAUCUCCAGCGCCGCGGUUUGAUAGUCCCGGGCAGGGGCAAGGGCAGCACGGUGGCGGUGGGGAGAGGCGAUGA